AUGACGCACUUUGAGUUUUAUAAGAUGAGGCUCAAUCUUCAGUCUUCUAUGUGUCGCUCUCCAGUUUCCCCAGCACCAUUUAUUCAGAGGAUGUCUAUUCUACAAGUUUCAGAGCAGACUAGUGACCCAUUUAUCCCUGUGAAAACCUUCAUGUCAACUCUAAAGGUCAAAAAGAGUCAUAUUGAUGUGUAUGCCGGACAAAUUCCGGCAGGAACUUCAGUUAGAAGUAUACUUCAUUUUUCUCAGGGAAUCAGAACAGGCUUAUUCCAAGCUUAUAACUGGGACAGCGAGUCUCUAAAUAUGCAUCACUACAAUCAGUCUACUCCUCCAAUAUACAACGUGGAGAACAUGAAGGUUCAAACUGUCAUAUGGAAUGGUGGACAAGAUAUUCUGGCAAAUCCAAUAGAUGUUAAAAACUUGGUAGCCAAAACCUACAAUCUAGUUUAUCACAAGAAGAUUGGUGACUAUAAUCAUUUGGAUUUUAUAAUUGGUAAAGAUGUUGCUGAAAAAGUUUACAAUGAUUUGUUUGCAUUCAUCAAAAAAGAUCAAUCAGGGUGA